GGGAGAGGAGGCGCGGGGCCGGCGGCCCCGGGAGCAUGAGCCCGGCGGCCCGGCGCGGCGCGCUCUGAGCCGGCCGCGCGGCCAUGGGCCCCGGGGGCGCGCGGGGGGCCGCGGCCCCGCUGCUGCCGCUGCUGCUGGCGGCGCUGAGCGCGCUGCUGCCCGGCGCCGCGGGCCACCCGUUCCCCGGAGAGGUGUGCCCCAGCAUGGACAUCCGCAACAACCUGACGCGGCUGCACGAGCUGGCCAACUGCUCCGUCAUCGAGGGACACCUGCAGAUCCUGCUCAUGUUCAAGACGAGGCCCGAGGACUUCCGAGACCUCAGUUUCCCCAAGCUCGUCAUGAUCACCGACUACCUGCUGCUGUUCCGGGUCUACGGGCUGGAGAGCCUCAAGGACCUGUUCCCCAACCUCACGGUCAUCCGGGGCUCCCGGCUCUUCUUCAACUACGCCCUGGUCAUCUUCGAGAUGGUGCACCUGCGGGAGCUGGGCCUGCACAGCCUCAUGAACAUCACACGGGGGGCCGUGCGCAUCGAGAAGAACAACGAGCUCUGCUACCUGUCCACCAUCGACUGGUCGCGCAUCCUGGACUCGGUGGAGGACAACUACAUCGUGCUGAACAAGGACAACAACGAGGAGUGCGGCGACGUCUGCCCGGGCACGGCCAAGGGCAAGACCAGCUGCCCUGCCACGGUCAUCAACGGGCACUUUGUGGAGCGGUGCUGGACGCACAGCCACUGCCAGAAAGUCUGCCCGGCCAGCUGCAAGUCGCACGGCUGCACUGCGGAGGGCCUCUGCUGCCACGGAGAGUGCCUGGGCGGCUGCUCGGAGCCCGGCGACCCCACCCGGUGCGCCGCCUGCCGCCACUUCUACCUGGACGGCCGGUGCGUGGAGGCCUGCCCGCCCCCCUACUACCACUUCCAGGACUGGCGCUGCGUGACCUUCAGCUUCUGCCUGGGCCUGCACAACAAGUGCAGGAACUCGCGGCGGCAGGGCUGCCACCAAUACGUCAUUCACCACGGCAAGUGCAUCCCCGAGUGUCCCUCCGGCUUCACCAUGAACUCCAGCAACUUGAUGUGCGUUCCGUGUCUGGGCCCGUGUCCCAAGGUCUGUCAAAUCCUGGAAGGUGAGAAGACCAUCGACUCGGUGACAUCUGCCCAGGAGCUUCGAGGAUGCACCGUCAUCAACGGGAGCCUCAUCAUCAACAUCCGUGGGGGCAACAACCUGGCCGCUGAGCUGGAGGCCAACCUCGGCCUCAUCGAAGAAAUCUCGGGGUUUCUGAAAAUCCGCCGCUCCUAUGCACUGGUGUCGCUUUCCUUCUUCCGGAAGUUACGCCUGAUUCAGGGGAACACCUUGGAGGUCGGGAACUACUCUUUCUAUGCCCUGGACAACCAGAACCUAAGGCAGCUAUGGGACUGGAGCAAACACAACCUCACCAUAACUCAGGGGAAACUCUUCUUCCACUACAAUCCCAAACUGUGCUUGUCGGAAAUUCACAAGAUGGAAGAAAUUUCAGGAACCAAGGGACGCCAGGAGAGGACCGACAUUGCCUUGAAGACUAACGGGGACCAGGCAUCCUGUGAAAAUGAAUUACUUAAAUUUUCUUACAUUCGGACAUCGUUUGACAAGAUCUUACUGAAAUGGGAGCCGUACUGGCCCCCUGACUUCCGAGACCUCCUGGGGUUCAUGCUCUUCUACAAAGAGGCCCCUUAUCGGAAUGUGACGGAGUUUGAUGGGCAGGAUGCGUGUGGAUCCAACAGCUGGACGGUGGUGGACAUCGACCCGCCUGUGAGGUCCAAUGACCCGAAGACGCAGAGCCAUCCUGGGUGGCUGAUGCGGGGUCUCAAGCCCUGGACUCAGUACGCCAUCUUUGUGAAGACCCUGGUCACCUUUUCCGAAGAACGUCGCACGUACGGGGCCAAGAGCGACAUCAUCUACAUCCAGACAAACGCCACCAAUCCUUCCGUCCCCUUGGAUCCCAUCUCCGUGUCUAACUCUUCGUCCCAGAUCAUCUUAAAGUGGAAGCCGCCCUCUGACCCCAACGGCAACAUCACACACUACCUGGUCUUCUGGGAGAGGCAGGCGGAAGACAGGGAGCUGUAUGAGCUGGAUUAUUGCCUCAAAGGGCUGAAGCUGCCCACGCGGGCCUGGUCCCCGCCGUCGGAGUUGGAAGAUGCCCUGAAGCACAACCAGAGCGGGUUGGACGAGGCGUCCGGCCAGUGCUGCACCUGCCCGAAGACCGACUCGCAGAUCCUGAAGGAGCUGGAGGAGUCCUCGUUCCGGAAGACGUUCGAGGACUACCUGCACAACGUGGUCUUCGUCCCCAGGAAAACCUCCCCGGGCCCCGGUGCUGAGGACAGCAGGCCGUCGAGAAGACGAAGGGCCCUUGCUGACAAGGGGAACGUGACGAUGGCUGUGCCCACCGCCCCGGGUCUCCCCAACGCCGCCUCCACCGCCGUGCCCACCAGCGCGGAGGAGCAGCGGACCUUCGAGAAGGUGGUGAACAAGGAGACGCUGGUCCUCUCGGGCCUGCGCCACUUCACCGGCUACCGCAUCGAGCUGCAGGCCUGCAACCAGGACUCCCCCGAGGAGCGGUGCAGCGUGGCGGCCUACAUCAGCGCCAGGACCAUGCCCGAAGCCAAGGCAGAUGACAUUGUUGGCCCCGUGACCCAUGAAAUCAUUGAGAAAAACAGCGUGCACGUGACGUGGCAGGAGCCGAAGCAGCCGAACGGUCUGAUUGUGCUGUACGAAGUGAGUUACCGCCGGGCCGGAGACGAGGAGCUGCACCUGUGCGUGUCCCGCAGGCUCUACGCCCUGGAGCGGGGCUGCCGGCUGCGCGGGCUGUACCCCGGGAACUACAGCGUGAGAGUCCGGGCCACCUCCCUGGCGGGCAAUGGUUCCUGGACAGAACCCACCUAUUUCUAUGUGACAAACUACUUGGAUGUCCCACCCAGUAUUGCAAAAAUUAUCAUCGGCCCCCUCAUCUUUGUCUUCCUCUUCAGUGUUGUGAUUGGAAGUAUUUACCUGUUCCUGCGGAAGAGGCAGGCAGACGGGCCGGUGGGACCACUCUACGCUUCUUCAAACCCUGAGUACCUCAGUGCCAGCGAUGUGUUCCCCUGUUCCGUGUAUGUGCCGGACGAGUGGGAGGUGCCGCGGGAGAAGAUCACGCUCCUGCGGGAGCUGGGCCAGGGCUCCUUCGGCAUGGUGUACGAGGGCAAGGCCAAGGACAUCAUCAAGGGCGAGGCGGAGACGCUGGUGGCGGUGAAGACGGUCAACGAGGCGGCCACCGUGCGGGAGCGCAUCGAGUUCCUCAACGAGGCCUCCGUCAUGAAGGGCUUCGCCUGCCACCACGUGGUCCGCCUCCUCGGGGUGGUGUCCAAAGGCCAGCCCACGCUGGUGGUGAUGGAGCUGAUGACGCACGGAGACCUCAAGAGCCACCUGCGGUCCCUGCGGCCUGAUGCCGAGAACAACCCCGGCCGCCCUCCCCCGACCCUGCAAGAGAUGUUCCAGAUGGCAGCGGAGAUCGCCGACGGCAUGGCCUACCUGAACGCCAAGAAGUUUGUGCACCGGGACCUCGCAGCUCGGAACUGCAUGGUCGCCCACGACUUCACCGUCAAAAUCGGAGACUUUGGGAUGACCAGAGACAUCUACGAGACGGACUACUACCGGAAAGGCGGCAAAGGGCUGCUCCCCGUGCGGUGGAUGGCCCCGGAGUCCUUGAAGGACGGCGUCUUCACCGCCUUCUCCGACAUGUGGUCCUUCGGUGUGGUCCUCUGGGAAAUCACCAGCUUGGCGGAGCAGCCUUACCAAGGCCUCUCCAAUGAGCAGGUGUUGAAAUUUGUCAUGGAUGGAGGGUAUCUGGAUAUCCCUGAAAACUGUCCAGAGAAACUCAGCGAAUUGAUGAGCAUGUGCUGGCAUUUCAACCCCAAGAUGAGGCCGACCUUCCUGGAGGUCGUCGACCAGCUGAAGGACAACCUGCACCCCAGCUUUCCGGAAGUCUCCUUCUUCUACAGCGAUGAGAACAAGGCCCCCGAGCACGAGGAGCUGGAGAUGGAGUUUGAGGACAUGGAGAGCGUGCCCCUGGACCGGUCCGCGCACUGCCAGCGGGAGGAGGACGGGGGGUGCCCGCCGGCCCGGAAGCGGAGUUACGAGGAGCCGCUGUCCUACGCCCACAUGAACGGGGGCAAGAGAAACGGGCGCGUCCUGACUCUGCCGCGGUCCAGCCCCUCCUAACGGCUCCUGUCCGGGAGGGGUCCCGACUCACUCUCCUCCAGCUUGACGGUCUCCAGAAAACUCAGGACUUUCCCACAACUCUGCCAGUGUCCAGUGGCGCUGAGAUCAUUGCUCUCCAUUCCUGUUUAUGGUACAGCCUACAGCACGUCUGUGCGGACGCCAGCCUGCCCGGUGAUCGGAGAAGGUAGCCGUGAACGUAGAGAGAAGGGGUCCUUCCAGCAGCGCAGGCUCAGGCCAGGGUGCUCCUUUUCCUCGUCACCGAAAGAAAGCACCUGUUUCUACAAAGGCUUUUUUUUCUUUUUUUUUUUCUUUUUUUGUGGACAGGGGCUGGUGUAUGAGCUACAGUAUAAAACAUAAAACUUGUUUGUGGAACAAAAGUUUGAAAGAAAGACAGAAACAUACAAACCCGUUGCGAGUAGAACUUGAAGCUUUAUGGAGUGGAUUUUAGGAAGGUUUUUCUCUUCCAGGCUGAACUUUUUUUUUCCCCCUUCACAAAAGUAGUUCCUCGGAUUGACCAAUAGCUGCUGCUUUUGUACUUUUGAUAAGAUUCUGCAGUCCCAGGUGUGUGUGCAUGUGUGUUCAGAGUAGACACGGCUGGCGUGUGUGUGCGCGUGUGCGCGUGCGAAGCACUCAUGCUGAGAUGAAGUUCGGGGAUUGGCUUAUGAAGGUCCCACUUUUCCGUGUGUGUGGGGGCAUCGUGGUCCCUCCUUCCUCCUUCCUCACUGGGAGACUGUGCCCUCGUGUGCCCUCAUCUCACUCGGGAGGCUUCUCUCCCUGAGCUUCGGGGAAAAUGUUUCUCCAGGAGCAGCGGAGUGGUUUAGCGUGAAAACAUAUCUUUUCAAACCAAGCCAGGACAUGACAAAACAAAGGAAAAGGAAAAAAAAAAGAAAAGAAAAAACUCCCGAGAUGAUAAAGAGUUUUGAGAAUAUAUUUGUAAUAUUUAAUUUUUUAUCAAUCUCCAAUCAGCCUCAUAAGUUAUUGACUGUUUCCUUGGUUGGGGGUAGGGGGUGGUCUGCCUGGGGCCGGGGAGCGGAGCGCAGGCGCCUCCUUGCUGGGUCUUCGAGGCACAGCCACACUCGCUGCUAGCCCUUUGGGGUGUUGUCAGGCCAGGCUGAGGGGUGGGCAGAUGGGUUUGCUGAAUGGUUACCCUUCUGCUCGGGGAAGCCGGAAGCCACCUGGUGCUGAGCCCUGCCUUCGAACACACUCGUGGCUCUCCUGCUUCCCCUGUGCCCCUCCCGUCCUCCCUCCCUGGCUGUGCGCGUCCUCCAGCUUCCGCAGACACGACAGGUCAGGUCCCAGCGUGUGCCGCACGGCGGGAUUAGAGAACACUAAGUACGAAGCGAGAGGCCCCUGGCGGUCCGUCCCCCCUCGGGGCAUCCAGCUGUCCUCAGACCCCUCGCCCAGGCGCUGCUCCGGGCUGUGGCCUCGGUGGGCCAGGGUGGGGCCUGAGCAGAACCCUGAGGUGCCUUCGGUGUUGCAGAAAGCAGAGCCUCGGGGAGGAACCGCUAAGAACCCUCACGCUCCCCAGAGCCACAGCUCCCGCCCUUCGGGGAGAAGAGCCGCAGCUGCUCCAGCCAACACGGUGACCCCGUCCCUGGGCUUCCCCGGGCUCAGCGCCCCGUCGCCUCUGAGAGCAUUUCCUCACAAGGCCCGGCAGCUCCCUCCUCGCACCGGAGAGAGGCGCAGUGGCCACGCCAAGCUUCCACCCCCUCGGCCCGCUGCGCGCUCAUGGGUACGACUUGCGGAGUUAGAGCAGGCAGAGUGUUUCUGGGAGCCUCCGUGAUCGGGUACAAGGAACAGGAGUACGGGAAUUCUUGUCGCCAGACUCACUCUGUGCGUUGAAGGGGGUCUGGACGUGCGUUUAAACAAACACGUAGGCCUAGGUACUCAGUUCUUUUCGUAGUAAAUUAAUAGUGGCUGUAGACGAUAUUUGCAGCUAUUUUCACAUUUUUCUAAUCCAGAAAGGUUUUCUUACAUUAAGGGGGAAAUAAUUUAUUUUAAUAUAUAAAAUCACUGUAAAAAAAAAAAUCACUUUCCU